AUGAGUAAAUCAAUAAUAAAGACUAGGAAAUUGGAUUAUAAAAAAGUUUAUAAGUCUCUAGAGGAUUAGCAAUUUGAUGAUAAAAUAACCUAAAAUGACAAAUAAACUAGCAGCAGAGCUAGUGAAAACAUUCCAUAAUACAUUGAAAGCAACUCAAGUGAUAAAAUAUCAGCCAAUAUAGAUUAUUAAAAUUCACAAUUAAAUGAAUUAAACAGUAAACUGAUAAAAUCAAAAUAUUAAACGAAUACUCAAUUUAUUUAGAACAGCAGUUAUUAACUAAAUCCUCCUUCUAAAUAGGGAAAACCUAGUAACAUUUAGAAAUAAAAUAAUUCAGCUUUCUAUCAAAGUAAAGAUAAAUCUAGCAGAUAAUAAUCCUAUAAAAAUCUACACUAAACUAAAACGGCAGAAUUUGAAAAAUAAAAUGACUAAUUUUCAGGUGAUACUACAUUUCAUACAGCAAUUUAAAUAUUAAAAAAGAAUAUUUCUAAGGGUCAUCAAGUUGAAGUCCUUGAAAAAUUUAUAAGAGGGGAAGAUGAUUUGGAUAAUUUCGAAGAAGUGAUAAGAGCUUUGAAUGAAGCUGCAAAAGAGUAUUUAUUAAAUAAAGAUAAGUAGAAAGCAAUGCAAAUUAUAAAUUUUUCUUAUGAAACUUGCAUCAUAGAGAAGGUUUAAAUCGAGCUUUAAGCAGAAACUAUGCUAAAUUAUUGCUAAAUAGCUAAAAAAAAUAAAGAGUAUAAUAGUUCGAUUUAAAUAAUACAUAAAUGCAUAAAUUUAUAUCAAGACCAUCCAUUGCUAAUAAAUAUAGGAGUAGCUUAUAAUAUUUACAGUUAAAUUCUCAGAAAACAAAAUAAAUUAAGAGAAGCUUUAGAGAUGGCUAAAAAGGCCAUAUUUUAUAGUGAAUAAAAAUGCAAACUUCUUGCAAAGAGAAAUGGGAAUAGUGAUAUUUAGGAUGAGUAUGCUUAGAACUUAGAAAAUGAAUUAUAAAUUCAAAUAGCAGCUGCUUAUUAUAAUUAAGCUUUAUGUGAAGCUACUUUAUUGAAUAAAAAAAAUGCUAUUGCUUUAAUUUAGUCAGCUAUUGUUAAGGUAAGCUAAAUUUUAGGAUAAUCUAACCCUAUUACAAUAAAGUAUGCUUAAAAGCUAAAAUAAAUUUCUUCUAAUCAAUAAAAUAAUUAAGAAAGAGAAGAAAGGACUUUUUCUGGUUAUUAAAGUGAAACAAUAUAUAGUAAUACUAGCAGUUUUAAUAAAAAAAAUAACUCAAAUUAAGUUAUAGGAGUGACAUUUAAUGAGAAUAUAAAUGAUGAGUAUAAUAGCAUCCUUUACAACAAGAGUAAUAAAUCUAUAAAUUAACACUUGUCAUAGAAUAAUGAUUUGGAAGAAACAAGAAACUUAAAUAAUAUUAGACAAAGACCUGGUUCAUCAAGUGGAAUUAGCUAAACUCUGCGGAUCUAAACACAAUAGUAAAGACCAUAGUCUGGUAAAUCUAAUUUAGGCAAAAAAUUAUUUAUUAGUAAGAGGUCUUUAUUGAAAAAUAAAACAAAUGAUCAAAUAUCAACUUUAAAAAAUUUACUUAAAUAGGACUAAUUACAUAAUGAAACUAAGCCUUUCAUGUAUUAAGAUUUUAGUUAUAUUUCUCCAACUAUGGUGCAAAAAAAUAAUUUAAUGACCAGUAAAUCUAUUGAAGCUGAAUUCUUUUAAGAAUCUAAAGAAAGCUAGUAUGUUGAUAAAAUAAGAUUUUUAUCAGAAACUGUAAAAAGUUUGUAGUAAGAUAUUGAAAAAUUAAAAAGAUAAAAUGGAUACCUUCAAAUCAAGAUAUUUGACCAUGAAAAUUCUAACUCAAAAGUAAUUCAAACUAAUAAACAAGUAAAUCAUUUAAAUAUUCAAAUUGAGGAUAUGUAAAAAAGAUUUAAUGAACUCAAAGAAAAGAAUGAAAAAUGUGAAAAAGAGCAUUUUGGAGAAAUAGAUAAGCUGCAAAGUGCUCUUAGAGAUAGAUCGGAAGUUCUCAAAAAGGUUUUAGAAAAUAGUCAAUAAGAAGUUUAAAAAUACGAGGAAAGAAUUUAAAAAUUAAUGACUGAGCAGGAAAAAAAGCAAAGAUAAGUCAAUGACCAGAUUUGUACUUUCGAGUUAACAAAUUCUAAAAAUUAACUGUAAAUAAAUACUUUGAAAAGUUAAAUUUAAGAAAUGAUAGAAAGCCAUGCUGUUGCAUAAUAGAAUAAAGAUAAAGAAAUUUAGAAAUUGAAUUCUUCACUGCAGUAGUAAGAAGAGCAUUACUCAAGUGAAUUAUAAAAAUACUAAAAAAAUUAAUAAGAAAUAUCGGAAUAAGUAAAAAAAACCAACUAAUUAGAAUUAGAGCUAAAAAAAUUAAAAGAAGAAAAGGAGUUAGUUGAUUAAGCUCUCUUCAGGUACCGCAAUUAAACAACUGAUUUAACAGAAGAAACUAGCUCAUUACAAUAAAAAUUAUCUGAAGCUAACACAGAGUCAAAAAGUAAAGACGUAGUUAUAGAGCAACUUCAAGAAAAAUUAAAAGUUUUUUAAAAUCUUAAGGAGUAGUUGACAGACAAUUCGAAAGCGAAUGAUGAGCUACAGAAAGAGAAGAAAGACUUAAACUCACAGCUAAAUAGAAUAUAAGAAGAAAAUAAAAGGCUUUAAAAUUUACUAUAAGAUGCUUAAAAAGAUAACGAUGAAAAAGAAAAACUUUUGGAAAUUUAAAAAAAUAUCAAUAAAACUUCUGAAAUCAAUCAAGAAGAGACGUUGAAAUAAGAAAAUAAUAAAUUGAAAGAAAAACUUUCAAUAUUAACGAAUGAAAAUGAAUAGCUAAAAGCUUAAUUGUAAGGAGCUAUCAUAGAUAGAAAUUAAGAUAAAAUUUUGAUAGCUCAAUUACAAUUAGAUAUUAAAGAAACGGAAGAAAAAUAUAGGGAUUUAGAAUAAAAUGUAAAUUUGAUGAAAAAAAAUAAUGCUACCUUCAAUGAUAUUAGAACAAAAUAAAUAUACUCAGAUGAAGAUGAUGAGUCCCACAAUGAUUUAUAAAUACGUAAGAGUAUAAAUAAUUUACCUCAAGAGUAAAGUAAUAUCAAUGAAUAAGAAAAAAAUUUAGAUGAUAGCAUUGCCAACAUUUAAAAUAGCCUGAAUGUCAAUAAAAAUAAAAAAAUUCUCAUAUUGCAAUAAUUUGAUAAUGGGUUCAAUGCUUUGAUUGACUUUUCAUUUCAUUGUCAAAAUCAUAUUCUUAGUGUGGAAAAAAAGGGUGAACAUCUCAUAACAAUAAAUAUUCACCAAGACAUACUUUAAGUUUUUUACACAUCAAAAAAUUUUUUCAUUUUCUCAAAGAUACUUCGUAGGUUUGCAGCUAAUUUUUUGUAAAAUAGCAAUGGAUAAAUUGCUGAAGAGUUUAUUUUUGACGUGGAUGAGAUGACUUUUAAGUAUGCACAUAACUAAAUAAAAUAUGAGAAUUCUUAUAUUAAACAUAUGAUUCAAUAACUACCAGAAUAAGUAAUAAAAAUUUUCUCUGAAUAUUCAUUCUUUAGCAAUGAGGCGUCUGAUUAAAAGCUAAUUGAAUUAUCACAAAAAAAAAUUACUGAAUCUGAAGUGAAAGAAAAAAAAACAAUUAGUUUUGGUGAAGCUAUGGUUAAUUGCGAUCAACUUUAAGAAAAAGUACCAGUAAAAUUUAUUUACGAUGUAAAAAAACAAGUGCUAAAUAUUUAGCCAGCUAACCCUUAAAUCUAAGGUAUGAGAGUUUCUAUUAAAAAAGAAGAUACACAGCAAUGGAUUGUGCAAAAUAAACUCAUCUCCCUAGACAAAUAAAUAAGAGCUAUUAAAAUGGAGCAUGUUAGAUUCUUAAAAUCAAGUAUUAAGAGAUAUCAUUUAGUCAAUAGAGUAUUCUCAACAUACAUAAGUUUGAGCCAAUAUGAUCAGAAAGUUCACGGAAUCCUUACCAUAUUCAAGGGAAUUUAAAAUUCAUUUGUUUAUAUUAAAACUCUUCAUAAAGAAUAAAAUUAUAAAAGCUUUUAUCAAAUCUCAAUGAAUGAUAAAUCUUUUGAAAAACUGAAAGAAAUAUCAAAACAAUAUAUCAUUGAUUAAUGUUAAUUUAACUAUUCUAAAGGCAUAAUUUGGAUGAAAAAGGAUUUAGGUAUUAUCAAUAUCUAUCCUAAUUUAACAAAUGUCAUUCAUACAGAUUUAAUCAAAAUAACUCAAGAAGAAAUAUUUAUAAUCAGACAAAAAAAAGGUCUUAAAGAUGAAAACUUUAUUAGAGAUGAAUCUAGUGAUACUCAAUAUGAUACUAUUUAAAUUGUUGUUAAAAUUGUUGAUAAUUAAUUAAUUGUUUAACCUCUUUGGGAUCUUCCAAUAGCUCCUUUGCAUAAAAAAGUUGAACCGACAUAAAAUGAAGAAUAAAUUAAGGAGUUAUCAAAAAUUUUAGUUCAAAAGAUAAAAGUAGAUUACGAUACAUAAAAAAAUUAAUUAUGUUUGAUUCUAAAUGAUCAAAUAAAUAAUUCAGAGUGUUCGAAACAAAAACCAAGUAAUAUUUACAAAUUAGAUUGUUUGAAUAAAACACUAAGAAAAACAAGAAAUAAUAUAAAUACUGCUCAUUUAGCUUAUAUUGAUGUUAUCGAAGUGCCUGAUCACACAGCAAAAUCAACAUGUAAACUCUAGAUUCUGCUUAAUACAAGAACAAAUGAGUAUCUAAUUCGCUCAUAUCUCAAAUAAGUGCAUGAAAUAAAGAUACCAGCUCAUAAUCUAUCUAAAGAGAAGCUUCUAAAUCUUUAUUAUUUUUAUUAUGAAUAAAACACAAUUAAAUAUCUGAGAAAAUAAAUUCUUGAGAAAGUAAUAUUCCAAAUGCGUAGAUUUAAAAUUAUGAAUAAGUUGAAAUUCUAUCAAAUCAAAACAAAAGCUGGAUAGUAUGGUGACCUAAUACUUUUCUAAGGAAUAAAAAGCACUAUGAUAAUAUUGAAAAUUAUGUUUUAAAACAAAAAAGACUAAGUCAGAAAGUUAUUUGUGAUCUAAGAAACAAACCUUGAGCAUAUAAUAGAAAAUAUAAAUGAGAUUAUUUAGCUACUAAAUUAGCAUAUUGUAAACAUUUAUUUAGUCCUAUCGUAUAGGCAGGUAGAAAAUUAAGAAUUCUAAUUCUACAGCAUAGCUGCUUUAUGGGACUAACACAAUAAAGAAAUAAUUUUAAAACCUGAUGAUUUAAGUAUUCCUCCUGUUAUUUUUAAAAAACCUAAAUUAUCCUAUAGACAAGCAUUAUUUUAAGGUGAAGAACUGCUCGAAUAGGCUAUCCUUUACAAAGAUCCUCAGACCGGUUUAAAUCGCAUAGACAUUUGA